UCUGGUAUUAAACAAAUAGUCUAUGGUUAUAAUUGGAAUUUCAAGAAAACCCAUUUGUCGAUAAAUACCACAAAAACCCUAGCUCGUGUCUUUGUUGUUGAUACCUUCAACAGUCGAAGAUGUCGAAGCGAGGACGCGGAGGAUCAGCAGGUAACAAGUUCAGGAUGUCACUGGGUUUGCCAGUGGCAGCAACUGUGAAUUGUGCCGAUAACACUGGGGCAAAGAACCUUUACAUCAUUUCAGUGAAGGGAAUCAAGGGACGUCUCAACAGGUUGCCGUCCGCUUGUGUUGGUGACAUGGUCAUGGCCACGGUAAAGAAGGGGAAACCUGAUCUCAGGAAGAAGGUUAUGCCUGCUGUCAUUGUCAGGCAGCGCAAACCCUGGCGCAGAAAGGACGGUGUCUACAUGUACUUUGAAGAUAAUGCUGGUGUUAUUGUGAAUCCAAAGGGAGAGAUGAAAGGUUCUGCUAUUACUGGUCCAAUUGGUAAGGAGUGUGCUGAUCUCUGGCCAAGAAUUGCAAGUGCAGCGAAUGCUAUUGUUUAAGAGCGCUUUAGAUUCGUAUCUUCUUUUUUUUUUUUCUGCCUUUUAGACAGUUUUUCAAGUCUUAGGAGUAAAGAUGUCUUGACCUGAUGAAGACAAUAUUUGUUAUUUGGAUGAAGUUUUUGUUGGACAAUGGUAUAAUUUUGAUGUUGUUUGUUUU